GAGUCUGUGUAAGGCACCAUGGAGAUUGUCUAUGUGUAUACACGGAAGAGAAGCGAAUUUGGACGUCAAUGCAACUUUUCGGAUCGUCCAGCAGAGCUACAUGUUGAUAUACUUCCUGAUCCUAGCCAAGCCUUAAACUUUAUAGAGAGAAAUCCGUGUGAUGUUGCUAUUCAGUGCUCUCAUGAUAUGUCUGAACAUGAGGUUAAUACAGAGAGGUAUGAGAUGGAAGCCCAUGGAAUAAACCAUGUGGAAGGUGGCUGGCCCAAAGAUAUAAAUCCACAGGAAAUGGAACAGACUAUUCGUUUUCGUAAGAAGGUGGAGAAGGAUGAUCACUAUGUAACAACCAUUUCACAGUUGGGCAGUGUGAUGGAGCACUGCAUCAAGCAAAACAAUGCUAUCAAUAUAUAUGAAGAAUAUUUUGAAGAAACUGAGGAACUGGAAGGGAUUGAUGAAACUCCCUCAGCCAACACAGUGAAUGUAUUCAGAGACCCCAAUGAAAUCAAACGUACAGCCACACAUCUGUCAUGGCACCCAGAUGGUAACAGAAAGUUGGCUGUGGCCUACUCCUGCCUGGAAUUCCAGCGGGCACCCAAAGAUAUGAACUUUGAAUCAUAUAUCUGGGAUAUUGAGAUCCCAAAUAAGCCAGAACUGACCCUAAGGCCAGCCUCCCCACUUGUAUGCUUGGAAUACAAUCCGAAGGAUUCACAUGUUCUGAUCGGGGGAUGCUACAAUGGCCAGAUUGCCUAUUGGGACACACGCAAAGGUGGAAAUCCUGUAGAGUCAACUGUCAUUGAGUACAGCCACAGGGAUCCUGUGUACAAGGUCAUCUGGCUUCAGUCAAAAACUGGCACAGAAUGUUUCUCUGCAUCUACAGAUGGCCAGAUCUUAUGGUGGGACAUACGAAAACUAAGUGAACCAACAGAGAAAUUAAUACUAGAUAUCUCCAAGAAAGAAAACAUUGACAAUGCAUUGGGUGCUGUGUCCAUGGAGUUUGAGCCUACUUUGCCAACCAAGUUCAUGGUGGGAACAGAGCAAGGCAUGAUUGUUUCUUGCAACAGAAAAGCCAAGACUCCACCUGAAAAAAUUGUCUGUACAUAUGGUGGGCAUCAUGGGCCCAUAUAUUCUAUACAGAGGAACCCAUUUUUUCCUAAAAACUUUUUGACAGUUGGAGACUGGACGGCAAGGAUCUGGUCAGAGGAUUGCCGAGAAUCCUCUAUCAUGUGGACAAAAUACCACACAAGUUACUUAACUGAUGCAUGCUGGAGCCCAACACGCCCAACUGUGUUCUUGACCACCAAGAUAGAUGGGACUCUAGAUGUGUGGGACUAUAUGUAUAAACAGAACAACCCCAGUCUAAGUCUGAAGGUCAGCGAUGAACCCCUCUAUAACAUAUGCAUGCAGGACAAUGGGCGAUUUGUGGCCUGCGGUUCCAAAAUGGGAGUAACCACACUAAUGGAGUUGUCAAAAGGACUGUAUACUCUACAAAGAAAUGAAAGAAACCUUGCUUCUGCAAUGUUUGAGAGAGAGACCAAGAGAGAGAAGAUCCUAGAGGCGAGGCACCGUGAGAUGAGACUUAAGGAGCGCAGCAAGGCAGAGCCAGGGGAGGAAGUUAAGGAUGAAAAGCCAGCAGAAGAUAUGAAAGAGAUAAUUGCUAAUGCUGAGAAAGAUUUUUUUGAGAACAUUGAGGCUGAGCUUAAGCGAAAAGAGCAACAGGAAAUUAAGCAGUCUGAGGAUGAACAUCAGGAAAAAGAGGUGUCUGAGGAGAAAAUUGUACAUGAAUAAAUGGUUUAUUCUACAGUCUGGGACUAAUUAGAACUAUGUGAGGAUAUUUUCAAUAAUUCAUUGUAUUACAUUUGUUCAUAAUGUCUGUAUUUUUGUAUAUCACAAACAAAAAUAAAAAAAUUGACGUUCUCUGCAAAAUGA